CCACCUGUUGGCUUCCCCUGACUUUGCAAGUUAUCAGACCAUAGAGGAUCCGACACAAGGUGUGUGCUAACCUUGAUCAAUUAUUGAACGCCUUCAUAUCAUUUUACAGUCUGUCCAUUUUAGCUGUUACCAUGACACAGGCACAUCUAUUAUUGAGUGUUUGGGAGCGUAAAAGUUGCACUCAAGAGUGUUUUUUUCAGUCCUUGGAGGAUUCUUGUGUUGGAUAAAUGAUUGAACCACCAAUGACUUGGGCUGAAAGGGCCCCUUUUCUGAAUGGGAAGUGAUGUGUAUAAGUGUGUUCUUGGACUUUGAUGGAUGGGCCAAAGCUGAAAGAAAUGAGUGGUAAAACUGUCCGGUUCAGAGUCGCGUCUGCCAACAGUGGCCGUGUGCUGGCCGAGGUGUUCAAGGAUGAAAGGACCUGGUGCAGCUCGGUUUCAGACUCUGCAGACUCGGAUGGCACCGGCAGCACAGAGGCAGAGCAGGGAGGUCUGCCUCCGACCAGUGAGGCUAACAGGCACCUGAACGGCCUGGAUGCUGCCAUGGACGAAAACAACGGUGAGUCAGACAACCUGCUUCUGUAUGCCAGUGCCAAGAGGGAGAUGCUGUUCAGCAACAAGAGGGUCAAUAUCUGCAGUAAGAAUGGGACCAUCCGAGGGGUGAGGAACAAAGUGAGCGCAGGUCAAGUUCUUUUCAACAACCUCUCUAAUAUGUACUCUGGUCGUCAUCAGAGGAGGAGGCCCUGGGAAAAAGAGUGAUGAUUCAUGUCCCCCUAAAACACCUUUGACACUUCUUAAGAGACUUAUCAGACUUAUCUGAUGCCAAGAAAGGAGCCACUUUUGAGUUAUUAUUGUGGAAUGUAAAUUUUUAAACAAGAUAAGAGAAAUCAGCAGAAUCAACUUUAAAAGAAAGUACAUCAGUUUUCAACUCUAAGGUCUGUCUGGUUUUCAUCAGUUUUUGCUUUCCUACAUAAAUGUCCAGGAUGACAUGCAUACUAUCUGUUUAUUAGCAACUGAAAGCUAAAAUGGGAAAUCUGUAAGGGAAUAAAAACAGAAAAACAAAGUAAACCCCCAGUUGCUUUAUAGAGAAACUUUGGGUUAUUCUUUUUCCCAACAUUUCAGGCAGCUGGGCUCAUGUUUGACUUUAUAUCUCCAUCUCUCCUCCACAGCUCUUCAACAGUUGGCAUCAGGUGUUUGUACUGAUGUUUUUUUGUGGCUCUGUGCACCAUGACAAAACUUCUCUCAUUUGGUCUCAUAUGUACAGAGGAUAUUUUUCCUGCUUAAUUUUCACCAGUCUUUAAAAAAAAAAAACAAAAAAAAACAUUAAUAUUCUUCUUUUCUGUAGAAUUAAGGAGUUCGAUUUUUUGUAGAAGUCAGCCGAAGCAUAUCCAGAUACAUGGCCUGUGCUCUCCAGAUCAGCACAAUGACUACAUUUCUGGAUAGAUAGAGAUGUUGACACUGGUAAUGAGGAAAUGUGUUUAGCAGCACCUAAUUACAAGUUUCCCUCCUAAAAACCUAUGGAAGUAUUGAGGAUGUAUGUUAAUUUAUGUUCCAAAUGUAUUGGUUAAAAUCCUCAGAUACAAAGAAAUUCUUGAUACUUUUAAUCAGAGUAAUAAAAGUAUUCUUUUCUCAAAUAAAUCUUAACCUUAUACAUCUAACAAUCAAACAGUGAGAAAACAUUUUAUGCUUUCAAUGGGCUUUAAUGGUUUUUCACUAAUAAACCAUACAUUAAUAUUGACAUAUAUUAAUAUUGAUAAUUGACAGCUGUGUUUUGUUCACUGAUGUUUCAUUGGACUAAUGCUAGAACCUCUUUAAAGGUGUAAUUUGUUUUAAUACACUCUAAUCUAUAGAUGAAAAGGAAGAAUUGUUUUUCUUUUAUGAAUUCUCUUCAUCUUUAUGAUGCUAUGUACAUAUAUUCAUACCCGAAAAGGAUUGAGAGAUAAACAGAUAUUCCAGUAAUCACCAUCUCCACUACCUGAAGAGUCAUUAUAUUGGUCAUAAUAUUAAUAUUGCUAAAUAAUAACUCAACAUAUAUUAUUUUCUGGAAGUUGAACAAUGUAUCCACAUAUUUUGAGUGAUAUGAAUAUUUCAUAAAAGUUGUUAUUUCCAAAGACUUUUAAACCUUUUAAAACUUUUGUUUCAUUCGGUUAUUUUUUAAAUGUAUCUAAAUUCUUCUCAAGGCUUUUCACUCAGCAAACAGCUCCGACGUAUAACAAGUUGCAUUUAUCAAAUCAGUUUGAUCUGAUGCAGAGGCUUUUAAUAAAAAAAACAGAAGGCCUUUUUUGUAUUUUACUGUGCUCUUUUGUAAAAUGUGACCAGGGGGUCAUGAGACUUUGUCAUACAGGAUCUAGUUGAUCUGUGAAAUGAUUUUAUAAACAUUUUGUAAUCAUGCUGGAUAAAUGUAAAAAUGUAUUUUAGAUUGCUUAGAGUUUCCACUGGUUUAGUUAGGUGAUUUAUUUUCCAAAACACACAUUAAGUUCAUGUAAACCGAUGUUGUCAAAAGGUCUGUUUUAGAAAUGCAUUGUUUGAAUGAGUAAUUACAAUUAAAAUUUGGUAUAAAAAA